CUCCCCACCUCGUUAGGCCACCACCCGUUGGGCUUGUCUUGGCUUUGCUUUCUCCCCUCGCGGCACCGGGGAACGCGGCCGCCGAUCCGCUCCCGAUCCCCUCCCCUCCUCUCCUCCUUCCCGCCGCCCGAUUCCACCAAAUCCGCGCCCGCGCAGCCCCCAAUUCGAUCCCCUGGCUGGAUCCCCCUUCCCGAUCAGCCGCGGUAUCAGGGCCGGAUUGGAGCCCGGCGCCGAAUCCGAUCCCCAAUUGGGCGGGGGGCGCGCGCGGGGAGGACUGCGCUAGGGUUCGGCUUGGCGGGUUGCGGUAGCCGUGUGGGCGUUAGGGUUUUGCCAUGGCCGAGAAAAACUGCCUGAAGCGGCUCCAGAAGGAGUACCACGCGCUCUGUAAGGAGCCGCCGCCGCAGAUCGUGGCUCGCCCGCUGCCCAACGAUAUAUUGGAGUGGCAUUUUGUACUUGAAGGAAGUAAAGGUACGCCCUUUGAAGGUGGAUAUUACUAUGGGAAACUCAAAUUCCCACCAGAUUAUCCCUUUAAACCUCCAAGUAUCAGCAUGACAACCCCCAGCGGCAGGUUUGCCCCACACAAAAGAAUAUGCCUGUCAAUGAGUGACUUUCAUCCUGAAUCUUGGAAUCCAAUGUGGUCAGUAGCAAGCAUUCUCACAGGGCUCCUGUCAUUCAUGAUGGAUGAUGCUCUGACAACUGGAAGCAUCAAGACUUCAGAUGCAGAAAAGAGACAUUUAGCAAAAGCUUCCCUUGCCUACAAUUGUGAGAGCAAAAACUGCCCGCACUUCAGGAAACUGUUCCCAGAGUAUGUUGAGAAGUACAACCAACAGCGACAAUUGGAGCAUUCUGUCGCAGAACCGGAGCCUCAGGAGAAUCCUGCCCCGGCUCCAUCUCCUGCAGUCCAGCAAGCUCCAGUUGUGGGCAAUAAAGCAAAACCAGUGGCGGAGGCGCUCCGCGAAAAGAAUCAGAAGAAGUCAGUGCCCUUCUGGAUGGUGCUGAUUAUGUUUUCUGUUUUUGGUGCCGUGAUGGCCUUGCCCCUAAUGCAACUUUGACAAUAAAAGACUAUGAAAAGUGUGAUACCGGGGCCGUAAUUUUGUAUAGUUUUCCAUUGGUUUUGUGUGACUCGUUCUUCUCUAGACUAUCACCUUGGAGUAUGUUGAACUGAAGAUGGUAAAUCUGUAAAACCAUAUUCCCGCUCUCUUGACUAGCAGCAUCACAAAAAAAUUUCA